AAUCUAAAGAACAUAGUGCUUGUAGUUGUCAAGAAGGCAAAAGUGAUCAGUUAUGGCAGUAGUCCUCAAGUCCCUCGUCUCUCUCAGCUCUCUGGUUGCAGUUCUGAUGCUCGUGGCACUUGCUGUGCAGACCCAGACAGCUCAGGCACAGACGAGCUGCUCUGCUGAGCUAAGCAACCUCAACGUGUGCGCACCCUAUGUGGUGCCAGGUGCAGCCAACGUGGUUCCUAGUUCUGACUGCUGCAGUGCACUCCAAUCAGUGCAACACGACUGCCUCUGCAGCACUCUGAGGAUCGCUUCCCAGCUUCCGGCUCAAUGCAAUGUCCCUGCCGUCUCUUGUGGUAUAAACUAGAGAAUUGGGUGCAUGGACGCGAGACUUGAACGUCAUCGAUGGAAUAAUGUUGAAGUUUAACCAUCUUGCCUUUAUUUUCCUUUUUGUUUCUUUUUUCCUCUUUGUCCCUAGCUAGUGAUGCCUUCUGACCAGCUUAAUUGGAUCACUCAUCAUCAGUCAGAAGCUGUAUGGGCAUCCAACAGAUGAUCAGAACUAUGGCAUUAUAAUGAAAUAAAGAAUUAUAUAUACUUUUGCUUAA